CGCGCGCUGAUGACGAUGCGGUCCGCGCCGGGCGCAGAGGCGGGUGACAUGCCGUGGGGCAACAGAGCUCGCGGUAUUACCGGGACGUGCGCCGCUGACGCCGAGCUCGCUCGCGUGCGCGUGCCUGUCUCUCUUGAGCGUCCGGAGUGAGCCGCUGGCGCCAUGUUCCGCCGGGCCCGCCUCAACGUGCGGCCCAAUGUCCGACCCGCGGGCAGGGGAGCUGGCGCUGGCGGUGCGGCGGACCCGGAGCCUCAGGGCUCGGGUUCCCCGGCGGCUGCCAAAGCAGAGGCUGCGGCGGGUGUGGCGGCCGAACCCCCGCCUGUCGCGCAGCGGGCCGAGAGUGAUGACAAGGCCAAUAGCUCAAAUGAUGCCGGAGCAGCUAGUAAACCUGCAGAGAUGCCUACACAGAGAAGAAAACGGAUCUCCACUGUGCCCAAUCUUGCCAAACCCAGAACUGGACCAUCAUCUGCUCAACAUUCUGCAUCAAAAGAGGAGAGGCAAGCAUCACAGGCUCCUGAUGGCAGUGCUUCGCUUCAGAAGGAUUCUUCUCCAUCAGAAAAGAGUAAUGUCGAAAGCUCUUUAAAGUCUUCUAUGCUGCCCGAAAAGAAAACACCCGUGCCACAAGUGCCACAGUUUUCCCCACUAAAAAAAUCAGUGAACAAAGAACAAACUGUAGGUGUCGCUGCUCAAAAAAAUGAUGAUACCUUGCAGAAGAAUGUACCCUCCCCACUCAAGGAGAGACCAACACAGGAAAGAACAGGAACACAAGGGGAAAAGCUACCUGUGAAACUUGUUCCUGUAAAAGAGAAACAAACGUGUUCUGACCGUGAAAGGAUCCUUAAAGCUCGGAAGUUAAGAGAAAUGCUUAAAGAAGAGCUGAAGAAAGAGCGGAUGUUGAAGCACAGGCCUCCAAUAAUUGAAGGACGUUCUCCACCAGACCGUUCUAAAAUGACCAUGAGAGACUUGAUAUACUAUCUGCCAGAAAACAAUCCUAUGAAGUCUUCAUUGGCAGAAGAAAAGAGAAUAGAAAAAAAUUCUGCACUGAGUCAAAUGAAAGAACAGGAAGAGAAAAGUACUCCUGAUCAUGAAGAGGAAGAUGAGGAGGAAGAAGCAGAGAAUGGGGAGGAGAGUCAGGACGGUCCACUUCUAGUUCCUCGUGUGAAAGUAGCAGAAGAUGGUUCGAUUAUUCUGGAUGAAGAAAGUUUAACUGUAGAAGUUCUAAGAACAAAAGGUCCAUGUGUUGUAGAAGAAAAUGAUCCCAUCUUUGAGCGUGGCUCUACAACUACGUAUUCCAGCUUCAGGAAAAGCUUUUACACAAAACCAUGGUCAAAUAAAGAAACAGACAUGUUCUUUUUAGCUAUCAGUAUGGUAGGAACAGACUUCUCCUUGAUUGGACGGCUGUUUCCUCAUAGAGCCAGAGCAGAAAUUAAGAACAAGUUCAAACGUGAGGAAAAAGUUAAUGGAUGGAGGAUAGACAAAGCUUUCAAAGAAAAGCGGCCCUUUGAUUUUGAAUUCUUUGCCCAGCUGCUUGAGAAGGUCUUAGCAGAUGAGGAAAAGAGGAAGCAAAAGACUGUUAAAAGCCAGAAGCCAAAGGAAAAGAAGCCAUCAAGGCCUCGAAAGAAGCCUAAAGCAAAAGCUGCCAGCACAGAAGCUACUGAUGAUCAAGAUGAUAUGCAGGAAGCCAGAAUUUCUGAUGCAGAAACAGAAGCAGAUGCUGUUAUGGCUGAGAAAGAAAAUGAGGAAUCUUUGGGCAUUUCUGAACAGGCAGAAGAACAGGUUGCAUUAGAGCAAGCCUUAGCAAAAAAGAAGAGAAAGAAGAAGAGAAAAGAUGAUCUUGAACAGGAAGUGGAGAAUCUUCCAGAGGAAAUGGCUGUCCCUUCAAAAAUUGCUGAAGAAGGGGAAUCCUCUAAGAAAACAGAAAAAAAAAAGGUACAAAAUGAUGAUGGUCAUACUACCUGUAGAGAAGAACUGGGUAGUGUUAUUGAAGGAAAACAAGAUGAGACUGCUGUUACAGAGGAAGAGAGAUCAGAGUCCUGUUUAUCAGUGAAUGACAUAACAGAGAGAGAAAGCGAUGUCAAUUUAUGCAGCUUUGAAGAUCGCAAUGAUGUUAUACUAGAAAUGGAGUCUGCUAAACUGAGAACCCUAGAUAUUAGAGAUGAUAGAUCACGGGAACGCCAGAUUUCAGAAUUAACACUUUCAAAGAUUAGAAGCAAAGAAAGUCAAUCUGAAGAAACUAGAGAAAUAAAGAACAAAGACGUACAUGACUUACAUAGACCAGAUGAAAAGCACAGUGCAUCAGAAGGUGAUUCUCAGUCUGAAGUCAUGAAAACUGAAAAGCCAACAGGCAGAGGGCGCUUGCAAAGACCUAAACCCAAUUUAAUGAAAUCGUUGGGAAGGAGAGAAGCAGCAACCCAGGAGAAAAUGGAGGCUGACACUUCCUCUCCAAACAUUGUGAAUACAGAUGAAAAGUGCUCUGAGGAAGACAGUAGAAGAAACAGAAAUGAAGCCACAGAAGUAGAGAACAUGGAUUUGGAUACUGAAUCAGAAGAACCUGAAAAAACUGUAAUUUCAAAGGCAGUAGUUAAAGGAUGUCGACAGAGAUUUAAACCUAAUGUUACAAGAGUGUCUGGAAUGAAAGAAGAGCCUGAAAAAGAUGCAGGAAAUGAUAAAAUGUCCCAUCCAGAGCCUAAGCAGGAAACUGAAAAGAAUACUGACCAAAGUAAUUGGUCUGAUGCUACCAGUGAAGAAGCUGCAGAAAAAGGUGAUAAAGUCCUGGAGACAGUGUCUCAGUCUAAUGAAACAACUGGUUUACAAGAUGACAGGAAACAGAGUGUGCUGAAACCAACACCUCUAAAGAGAGGCAGAAUGCAGAGACCAAAACCAAAUCUAGGAAGAAGUGUUGCAAGGCAAAAAGACCUGACAGAUGAAAAAGAUCGUGAAGAGGAGAAAAACAAAGGUGGAGAAGUAGAAAAAGCUGUGAUACGCCAUAGGGAUGAAAACAAUGAUCCAUGCCUCAAAAAUGAUGUGAUGAUUCAUGAAGACACUCAGCCGUGCAAUGUGAUGUUACAAGGGGAUGUUUCUACAGAUUCUCAGAUGAACUCAAUACAUGGAAGGCAGUGUUCCCAAGAAAAGUCCUCAGAAGCGGAAAGCUAUGAAAGUGAAAAAGAAUUGUCAGAUGUCUUGAAACAGGUUUCAGAUUUCAAUACAGGGGAGUCUAGUCCUCGGAAGGAAGAGGAGAAAACUGUUGUAUCAUCAGCUCGGCUACUGAGGAGUCGAUUCCAGAGACCAAAGCCAAAUUUAAGAACAGCAACUAGUAGAAAGGAAGUGCUGGAUGUAAAUAACAAAGGUGUAUCGCAGAAAGAUACCACCAAGGAUGAAAGUUUGACAAAGUGUGACAGUGAAUGUAGCAUCCUACUUGAUAGAGAUAAAGCAGGAAAAUAUAAAGUCCUGCAACCAUUGGAACCCUUAAGAAAGGAGAAGUCAUUGGGCUCUCAGGAGGUUUCUGAGAAGCGAAGUUGUAAGUCUCCAAAGACAUUUUCAAGUUCAGAGGAUGGUGAACUCCAGUUUUGUCUACCUGAAAUUAACCAAGCUGACACCUCAACUACUAAUGCAGGAAUUGAUAGCAAAAAUACCACUGAAGAAGAAGGUAAACAAACACCUCUUCGACCUGUCCAGUUAACGCGGAGCAGAUUCCAGAGGUACAAGCCAAACUUAGGAAGAGCUUUUGGAAAGGAGGAAUUAAAAAUAUCAGAAAAUGAGAAGGAGAAAAAGCCUGAAGCAGAGCAGUUGGUAUUGCAAAAAGAUGAGUCUGCCAAUACUGUCAUGAGUGAAAAUGAAGCUGUAUUGUGUCAAGCAGAUGUAUUGAGCAAUGAGGAACAGGAGCAGCAAGAGGUGCUUCAGGUGCCCUGUAUUUCUGAAAACAAACUGUGUGAACAAAGCAGUGCUGAGAAAUCCACUUCACAAGAAAGCAAGCUGAGUGCUCUGAAACCAGGACAAUUCAUAAGAAAUGGAUCUCAGAUAACUAGACCAAACUUAGAAAGAGCAUUUAGUGAAAAAGAAUCUCCAAUGGCACAAAAACUUGCUGCUCCAGUCGAGGAAGAAGCAAGUAAAGGAGAGAGCCUUCCUGCGGUAGAAGAAUGUGAGGAACCUCUUUCAUCGAAAGACGACAUGGAAGUAUUGUUGUUUGUGGGAAAUUUGGCCAAGAAUGACAAUCUAGACAUAAAUCCAAAAAAUGUAAAGUCAGAAACACUCUGUUCCUCUAAAAAAUCACCUAACUGCCACAGUAAGGGAGAACAAGAAGAACGUCUUUCUACAGAUGCUGUAGGAAGUAUUCGGGAUACUGUAGAAAGGUAUAAUGAUGAAGUAAGUACUGGAGAAGAAAUGAAACAGAGUGAUAUAAAACCUUUACAUCAAGCAAGAGAAACCCUCUCAAACCCAGGGCCAAACCUAAUGAGAGUUACUAGAAAAAGAGAUUAUCCUGAAGAAGGUGAAAACAGAGAAGGCGGCAACAUUGAGAAUAGAAAUGCAGAAGUGUGUUUGAUGUUAGAAAAAACCGAUGUAUCGAUGCAAAACACCAGUAACAUAAUAGAAGCUGCAUCCUUCUCAGAGGCUACAAGAAAACACAAUUUUACACACUCUGUUGAAGAAACAUCUUGUAAAAGGAUCAGGCAGGAUAGUAGACUCCAGUCUCCAGAGUUAUCAUCGGAGAGUGAGAGUCAAGUGGAACAAGAAGAUGAUUCUCAGCCUUCUACCUCUCAGGAAAAAAAAUCAGACAAUCUCACAAGGCAGUCCAGAGGGUCAUCAAAAUGGAUAGCGCUGCCAAAACAUGUCUUGGAGCUAAGAACUGCUACUGCUGCUUCUGCCUCUGAAUGUGAGGCUGAUUGCAGUGAGAAGGGGAAUCAAAGGCAAGAAGAUAAACUGAGUGUUAUUAGAGGCAAAAGUUUGAAAACUACACAUAGAAAGAAAUCUGGGAAGGAGCACAGAAGUUCAAAGAUAACCUUGGUGACUCUCCGGGCUUCUCAGGAAGAGGAGGAGGAGGAAGAGGAGGCAGAUGACUUUGAGCCUGAUGAUGAGGAUGAAUGCUUUGCACCAGAGGAAGUAAACAAAGCUCCAGCAUUUGUUCCUAUAGGUCUUCGAUCUCCAAAACCUAUUCCUGUUCAGAUAGAGGAAACCAUGGAGGAGCUGGAAAUAUCUGUGAACAUACCAGAUGUGCAGGUGUCUACUGAUGCUGAAAGUCUCUCUCAUGCAUCUGUCCAGCUGAUGGUACAGGAGGAAAAAGAAACAACAGUACAUGAAAAUCCAGAGGUGGAUAAAGGAAUUAAUGAUGGAAGCACUGAAGCUGCCAUGACUUUACUUGCAAUGGGUGAUCCAAUGUUCCAGUUAAAAACAAGCACUGAAGAAUGGACACACAUAUUACCCGUUCAAGAUGAGUUGGACAUGGCCAAUAGCCUUGUAACCCAUGCCUACUCCAAACAAAAUAGAACUCCUGGUCAGUAUUUGCUUUCUUCAGACCCUUCCACCAAGGAAUUGGUCCCCUCUGAGGAUGAAAGCAACAGUAAUGUAGAGGAUCAAAGCACUGGCACAAGAAUAGAUGUCGAAGAAUAUUUUGAGAAAAAUGCUACAGAUACCAGCUCUUUGCCUGUGGUGAAUAGUAUGACACUGACAGGAGGCAGACUCCUGAAGCCUGAGCCAGACGUUGGAGUAUUGAGGUCCAAUGAAAACAUAAUUCAGAAGUCACUUAAUACAAAUGUACUUGUGGAACAACUAGAGCAGGUUCAAAGUGAGUCUACAAUCCUGAGAGGUACUGCAGAAAUGCAGAAGGUGGGCCUAGAACAGGUCAGACCAGCUGCAGGUGAUUCUUCAGAUCACCAUGAUUUUGCAACAAGAAGUAUGGAACUUAUCAAAACAGAGAUGAGAGAUUCUUGUGAAAAUUCAGGAGAAUUAAGACCUGUAACUGCAUCAUCAAAACCUGAAAAAUCUCAUCUUGGGCUAGAGGAUUAUCCAAAUCAAAGUUCUGUGGAUGGAAUUCCUGAGCAAAAUCCUUGUCCUCCUGAGCACAGUAUAUGCACAAUCAACUUUACUCAGGGGGAGGACUCCUCUCAUCGUUCCCCUGCUCCAGCAUGGAGUCGUUCUCACGGGAGACAGUCCUUCAUGAACUUCUCCAACAAGGAAGCUGGUGCUCAGGAUCCUCAACAGCAAUGCGUAAGCAGCACAGAAGAGACUUCAGUAGUGAACGAUGAUCAUAGAUGUCCAGAGGAGGAACAGACAUUCAUUUUAACACUGGUGGAAAUACCAGCUGACUCAAAAGAGUUUGAUGCAUCUGCUUUGCUGGAACAAACUUCAGAACCAUUACUACCAGCCCCAAUACUUGUCAGCCCAAUAAAUGCAAGUGAAACAGGCGUGAAUGAAGAGGAGAGCAUUGGAUCCUUGACAACUGCAGCUGAUGAAUUUGCUGCACCUUUAAACAGCAGUAUGGAAACGAAACAACUAGGGAGUGCAUCAGUAGAGCCCGUUCCAAAUUUGCAGACAACUCAGAAAAGGUCAGCUGCUGAGCUUGAAGAGAAUGAUUUUCCUCCUGCCAAGAAAACUCUGUCUACUGUUGUAGUGGAAGAUAACUUGGAAACCACUUACAAGGGUUAUUCAAUUAAAUCUACAAAUGCUCCAAUGAUAGCUUCUGGGAAUCCUGUUCAAAAAACAGAGGCUUCAGCAAAAGAAAAAGUACUUACAUCUGUGUUGAUGUCUGAGUCUAUGUCACCACUGUCUGAGAGAAGUCAGCUUGAGACUUUGGAGAACUUAGGGAAAGCACCACUUGAGAAUUCAGCAUUCAAACAGGAAGAUGAGGUGACAUCUGGAUUAACUUCUAACAGAAAAGAAGAAAUAAGUGGACAAGGAAAGCAGGCGGAUGUGCAUGAUUCUGGACAGUUGGAACAUACUGGAAGCCUAGCAUCAUCUUCAAAAACUCCAUUACUUAGGGGUGGACGAAAACCAUUAGGAUUUUUAUCUUUAAUUUGCAAAAAAAGUAGGUCUGAAUCUGCACAAGAUACCAAAGGGAAUAGAGGGAAGAUCCAAAAACCUCGGAUUGUGACUCCAAAGAUUGUGACUCCAAAGCGAAGUCUAAAAAAGCCCACUCCAUCCACUAAGGAUGAUAGGGAAUCUUGUUCCCUUCCCUCUACAAGCACAUCAUCAUCUGUGGAGUAUGAGAAUGUAGCUGCUGAUGCUGCAGUUAUGGUUCCAAGUAACAAACCAUCUAAGAAGCCACCCCUUUGUGCUAAAGAUCAAGAGAAGGAAGAAGAGCCAACCAGAAUCUCAGAGUAUUUUUUCAGUGACAUCUUUAUGGAAGUGGAUGAUCCAGAAUAGCAAAUUGACUUUAUAAAACCUGGGAUCUGAGAGUAUAAUGCAACAAGAAAAGAGUAUUUUUUAAAAGUUCUGAUUCGUUCUGAUGUUCAUUAUGCCACACUUCAUGUCAGCUGAGCUGUUAAUAAAUUCUGUAAACAUGAAAUGGCUUCCUUCUGAAGCAACCUGGAUACUUUUAAAAUGUUCACAUCUAAACCACUACAUUGAUGUCAUUGGACCAGACCAGUGGCUGCUGGCUUAUAGUUUCACUUGUUUAGACACUGAUAAUGGAUGCAUGACUAUCUUCCAGAAAAGUGUGAUGAAAAAAUGCUUAAUCUUGUGACAAGUAGCUCUCUGAAUUUUAAUGCUAAAGCUUAUGGUACUGAUUAUACAAGUUCUUUACUUCUUUUUGUGAAGUAUGUUAUGUUAGUGUGUUAGAAGGAGGAAUGAACUUUUUAUGUGUAGUGUAAUCUCUGUAGAUCAGGAUGCAAAUACUGGAAGCAGUGUAGUAAAUACAUAAAUCUGUUCAGCACUGCAGGUAUUUUUAUUAGCAUCUACAAAUGACAUAUUUUUGUAAGAGUUUUUAAUUACAUAAAUUAGAAGAUCCUAACCUGAAAAACCAAAUGGGUUUAGUUCCUUAAAAAUGUAUUGAGAACAACCAGAAAAACACAAUUUACUAAAAGAUGCUACACAAUGUUUAUCUUCGUAAGUGUCCUAUAGGAAUGGAAGAGGUUAAUGUUUACUAGUAUAAAUGCUAAUUUCCUCCUAAAUUUGAAAACAAGGGGAUAAAUACCAUUUCUGUUCCUUGGUUUUAUGUGUAGGUGUUUAUAUCUCUGCUGACUUCCUUGGUUUCCUUUGUGCAAAGUAGCACAAAGAGAUUGGAUUUAAACCAUGACUAUACAACAUGGUUUCUUUGAGGAUUUGCUGCUUUGAAGCAGUUGAAUUUGAAUGGUUUUCCUCACGUUGCAUGUCUACUUGUACUGUAACUUGCUAUAAAAUGCUGCAGUAGCUUUAGAUUUUAGUCUAAUUUUUUACUUGCCUCAUCAAGAAGAUUGUCUUGAUGAGUUAACAAGGUUCAUGCAGUCUCAAAGUCAGGUGGUCACUGAAAGAUUCAAUAUUUAUUCUGAAACUCCUUAUUACACAAAAAUGAGUGUGUAGAUUUAGUGGUCUAAUUUUUUUUCCUGUUACUUAAUACCAGCAGGUUACUUUUGCAAAACAAAUUAUUUAUUAUGAAAGUGAAACUGAUGUUGAAAUGGUAGUGUUAUGCUCUCAAGAAACCUACCUUCAGCUUUGGACUGGGUAAUCAUUUACUGGCAAAUAUUUUCAUAUAAGUAUCUAGUUAGUUUUUAAAUACUUGGUGAAGCUUGAGAAUGUUUGCCUUUUAGGAAGUUAUUAGCAAGGCUUCUGAAGAAGUCUUUAACAUUUUGUCAAUAAGGAAAUAUUCACAGAAAAGCUACUGUUACUGCAAAUUGCUAUGUUAUCAGGCCUCUGUCAAUCAAAUGUGGCUAGCAGCAGUAUCGUCUUAGUGAUGGAAAAGGGACUAACAGUCCCAGUGUAAAGCAACUUACUUGAAAGCAUACUGUCAACCAAAAAAACAUAAAAAAAACCCCCCACCACGAACAUUUCUGUUCAGACAGUAUUUGUGCUCUGCCUAAUCCAUUUAACUUGAAAUGUUUAUCUAAAUAUUGUCUUACUGUAAACAUUAUGAAAUAGAUUAAUCUAUACAUAAAGCUCUAUGUAUUGUAUGUCUUGUAGAUACUAUUUUAUAUAUGAAAGUGUUUAGUUCCUGAUACAUGUGGCAUGUUUAAAUCACUUGCACUGAUAGAGCCUGAAAAUAGAUUUGUGGGGAGUGACUAUAAAAUAAUUGCCCUAAGUACUUUCUGAAGUGAUAACCAUUCUGCAUUUAGUUGCAUAUAUUUUAGCUUGCAUUCAUAUUACAAGGAAGAAAAAAAAAAAACCAACCUGUUUCAUUACUAAGAUGUAAGGUGCCUUAUCCCUUGUUAAUUGGGGCUAUGCAUUUUUCCUCCUGCAGUAAAUCACAUGCACUUUGUUAGAGGUUUUUUUUUUUAAAGAACAAAUUUAAUUUUAAUAGAGAUAACAUAAUUUUGUGUUCUGUUUUGUGUAUGAAAGUUUUAUAAUAGUGAGGGAUGUAAGAAAAAGUCAUUGAAAUCUCAAUGCCUAUUAGUUUAGCAUUUUUACAAAGAUGUGGCAUAGGACUGGUUUGCUUGGAGUUGUCUGACACCCUGUAUCAUCACAUAUAAGCUUUCUGUUUCAAAGAAAGUACUCG